AUGAGCAAUAUUAAUGAGUUGCCUGACGAUUUACUCGUGAAGAUAUUGUCAACCCUUCCGACAAAAGAUGCCGUGACCACUUGUCUUUUAUCCAAAAGAUGGGAGUCCCUCUGGAAGAAUGUGGCGAGGCUUGAAUAUGAUCAAGAAUAUCACUAUGCUAGGAGAAUUGGAUUUUCAAGAUUCGUUGACAAGUCUCUACUUUCACAUCAGUAUCCGGUUCUACAAAGCCUGCAUUUCAAGUUCAAGACAGGUUAUGCUUAUGGAGAAAUUGGAUUGUGGAUUCGAACUGCAAUCAGCCGUCACAUACGCGAGCUUACACUCGAAUGUGGUGAUUUCUUGAUCCAGUUACCAUUUAGUUUGUUCACCUGCGAAACACUUGUGAUCUUGAAACUCAAAGGUUGGAUAGAUCAGAACAUUCCUUUGACUACCUCUCUACCUUCCCUCAAGACUCUUCACAUUGUUCUCCUAAGGGAAUCAAACUAUGAAACGUUUUCUAGGCUUUUAUCAAAUUGUCCUGUUCUUGUUGACCUCAUGCUGGAACAAAGAAAAAGCAAUGCUUUGUCAAAGCUUAAUAUUGCGGUACCUUCAUUGCAGAGAUUGUUGAUUAGAACAGUAACUGAGAGUGACAAUAAUGACUUAAGAUAUUCUUCUUAUCAGAAGUAUAUUCCAAAGGUUGCGAUAAAUGUUCCUUCUUUGAAGUACUUAAACAUUGAUAAUAAUCGGGGUAAUGACUUUGAUGUCGUUAGUAACUUGCCUCAUGUUGUGGAGGCAAGUAUCAAAUCUAAUGCAAUAUCUACCAAAGCUUUCCUCAGGCAUCUUACCAGCUCGGUCAAGCGUCUUUCAUUGUAUUCAUUGAAGCCAGAGGAUAUGGAUCCUAGUAUCUUCUGUCAACUUGUACACUUGGAGCUAUGCACUUCAGCAAGUGGGUGGUUGAAGUUACUUGCACGCAUGCUCCAAUGUUCACUAAAAUUACGAGUUCUCAAGCUUUUCAAUAAUCAUUCUAGCCGGUGGAUGCGUCCCCUGGAUCGCUGGGACCAGCCGAGCUCUGUUCCAAAAUGUAUGAGGUCCAGUCUUGAAACGCUAGAGUGGAGAGGAUACUUUGGGAGAGAAACAGAUAAGGAUAUUAUGAGUUAUCUCCUGAAGCAUUCUAUGUGUUUGAGGACGGUGAAAAUAACCCCUAAUGAAUCCAAGUGCUUGGAGAAAAUGCAUCAGAUGGUCGAGGACUUAGCUUCUGUACUCUCAAUAGGUUCAUCAAAUACAUGCAAACUUGUGUUCAACAUAUGA